AUGGUGCUGCUUUUCGAUGACGUGCCCAUGAAAGAGUAUUUGACGAAACUCUUCGACUUCUAUGUCGAUUUCCAAGCGGACAAUCCGAAAUACAGAUGCCUUCUUGGAAAGUGUCACGUUGUGGUGAGUUGUUAAAUAUUCACAGAAGUGCACCUGAAAAGAGUUCAGAAUGUGGCAAAAGUGUUCGUUCUUCUGGAAGUGUUGCUAGUCAUUCCGCUCUACGUCCUCUUCCUCUUCCCCUGGUGGCUCUCCUGGAUCGCAUUCCACCUCGUUCUCAUCCUCGUCACCAUUUAUGCGCUUCGUAAGAAGAAGCACCGUUUCAUGUGGCCAAUGACCCUCUUCACCGUAAUCCUUUCAUCCUUACCUUUCCACCCCAACCCUUUCUUCUCUUCAGCUCUCUCAAUUUCUCUUCUGGGGAUUCGUCUCUCUGCUGCAGCUAUUCAUCGCCAUCUUCGACACGGAGACCUUCCUUCGCUUCUAUUCUCAGAGCCAUCACGAGGAAUUUUUCGAGAAGAUCUUGGCAGUCGCCCUCAUUAAAUCGGUGAUCCUUCUGAUUGCAGCCGUCCUUUUCUGGAGACUUUCAGUCUUUUACGCAGCCACAAAAUACUUUUCCGAUCGUUUGGAAGGACAAGUAAGUGUGAAUUGGAAAGGAGUUCCGAAUAAAAAGAGUGUUCAGGUGUCUGCCACCGAACAGAGCAAAGGACUCGAAGGCGUUGCGCAGAAAUUAUUGCAGCCUGUUUAA